AUGACAGCUCCCUUACCAGACUUUCAUAGACUUCCCGCUGACGCAUCACUCUUCUCCAUCAUUGGACACAACAGCAUUGUUCAUUCGCCUUCCUUCACAUUCCUCGUUGGGCCAGAUCAUACAAAACUCACCAUCCAGUCUGGCCUUGCCAAACAUGUCUCCCAACGCCUCGAUGAGUUAAUGAACAAUGGCCACACGCGCGAAUCGCGGCACCGGAUCGCAGUCCUAGAGGAAGAAGAUGUCGAGACCUUCGUCGGUUUCUGCGAGUAUGCCUAUACGGGAGACUACACAGUGCCCAAUCCGAGAGUCACCCCCAUUGGACGCAGGGAUAGCCAAGGGAAUGCGGGAAUGGCACCGCCAUUAGCUUCUGCUAUUCGACCUCCGGCACCAUCUCCGCCCGUCACACCCCAGCCAGGAGAAGAACCGCAGGAUAUUGCGGCAGGAGGAGGGGAAGGAGAAGGCGUUGCAGCAGCAGGAGGAGAUAAGGUAGAAGAACAAGAUGAAGACGGGAAUCAAGCAGGGGACUCUGGCAAGGGGAAGAAGGGGAAGAAGGGGAAGAAAAAGCAAAAAGGAGGAAAAGCAGCUCAGGACCUUGAAGAGGGUGCAGCAGCUAACAUGACGCCUCCAAGAACACCACCCCAAAUGACGGGGGAUCAAAAGGAUGAAAACGAGCUGGCGCAACAAGAGGCAGGAGAAGCAGGAGCAGAAGAAGCAGAGCCCACGAACCCCGAAGAAAUAGCAGCAGCAACACCUCACAUCCCUCCAUCAGAAGCUGUCUCCGCCGCCCCCGACUGGUUCGACUUCGAAGCAACCCCGAAACCUGAAAUGCCCAAACUUGGUCCAGCCUUUCAGGGCUCCUUCAUCUCCCCUAAAUCCCGUGGCCUAGGCUUGUGGGGCGAAUUCGCUUCCUUACAAUACAUCCACCACCAGCGCACGUCGGGCGGUAUGGCCCUUCCCUCGCCCCUCUCUCGAAACACCCCCGGCUACGGCAUCGCAGUCUCCGGCAACGAACCAGCCCCCUACCUCCUCUUCCACGCCAAACUAUACGUCUUCGCCACGCGCUUCCUAAUCCCAACCCUCGCCCAACUCACCCUAAAAAAACUCCAUCGAGACCUCGUCUCCUUCCCGCUCUCCACGAAAACAGCAGACCAUCUCUCCCCAACCAGUGCCGCCGCCGUUAUCCAGUUGCUGCACUUUACAUUCACGAGAACCAAGCGCGAUGACCCGGUCUUCUCGCUGACGAGCCCGGAUCCGAACGCGCACAGGCAGAACGAGCUGCGGAAGUUGGUCACGCACUAUGCUGCGUGUAAGGUGAGGGAGCUGGCAAGCUACCAACCCCCGACGCCCGAGGCAGCUAGUAUGGAAUCGAUGGAUAUGAUGCAAAUGGGUUUCAGGGAUCUACUGGAUGCGUUGGGAGAAUUGGCAUCGGAUUUGGUGUAUCGGAUGAUGUGA